ACGGGAAGAAUUGGGGGAGAAGGAUUUAUCUACCGGAUAAUUAUGUAUAAAGUUACUAAGGCAGCCAUAUAUAGAAGACUAGGACGGCAACUGAAAUUGCUUCAAAUUAAAUAUUUCACGUGACAAUAUAUCAUAUGCUAAUACACAAAUAUAUAGGAGAUUCUAAAAUUAACAGGUACUCCUAUAUUGUAAUAAAAUGUACCCAAAAAAUAAAAAAGAGUUGACUAAAAUUUUUCACCAAAUACUUCAUUUCAUUUUACUAUUUCUUUGAUAAAAACUUUAAUCAAAAGAAAUAUUUUAUUAAACUAACCCUAUCAAUUCCUUUUUACUACUACUACUAGUGUUGUUCAAACGAAGAAGCUAGUCCAAGUCCUGAAAAGAAAACGCGGAGAGUAAGAGAGAAGGUUUUUUUCGAGAGAGGGAAAAAAAUGCUACGGAAGGUUGUAGCAUGCGCCGGAAGCGCAGUGCAGCAGCAACAACAGCCAUGGCGCACAAUAGCAUGGCGGCGUUCAUCUAGUGUUUCAUCAGCGGUGAACAGUAUAAUCCUCCGGUCCCUUAAAGAUCAUUAUCUUGAAGUCUCCAAAAUGACCCCUCCUCCGAAAGUUAGCCCUCCUGCUCCAUUCACUGUGGUCAAGGGGGCACUUGAUCAUGGUGGUCCUGUUCUAAGACGAACCCAUGGAACUGAGGAAAUCGGUAUCUCCGUCAUGCGGUUGGCCAACAUUAUUCCUGGAGGAGGUGGAGAUGAGGAGGAGGAUGGUAUCAAUCAGCUUUUUCUACAUGUUGACAUUUCAAAGCCAGGACAGAAGAAAUCUCUGCAUUUUCUUUGCGGGCUAUAUCCAGAUGCUUUGGGAAUACACUCAGUCUCAUUGAGACCAAAGGCUGAGUCUAGUGGGUUACUUGGUGUUCCAACCAAUUAUGGUGGCCCAGUUUUUCAAGAUAUUGAUGAGAAAAUCAGAGAUGCACUGCACAGCUUCAUUGAAGAGCGCGGAAUUAAUGAAAGCCUCUUCCCAUUUCUACAAGCUUGGCUCUAUGUGAAGGACCAUCGGAAUCUUAUGCGUUGGUUUAAAACAGUUGGUGUGCUCAUUAAUGACAGCAAAUAAGGAGCUUCUCAUGCAUAACCAUUCAUUUAAUGGGUCUUUGAAGUGCUUGUGUACCAUAGGAAAAAUGCUAGACUUCUAUAAAUUGUCAGAGUUAAUGGAAGGUAAAAAAUUCAGGUUAAACAGAAUGAGCAUGCCUGCUAGGUCUCAGUGAAUGUAUAGUUUGCUUGUGAGCUAUGACAACUUUCAAUUGUCUUAAUUGCGGGAUAUCAUUGAGACACAGAUCCUUUUGUUGUUUUGAGAGAACAAGGUCAUUUCUCCUUUUAUUUCCAA